GUUGUAGCUUGUUCCUUCAAUUCUCCUAAAGUUCAAACCAACCAUGUUUAAGCACAAUCAUGUCAUUUUUUUAACCCCCCUCUACUGCCACUACAACCCCACUACCUGUCACCAAAUCAACUCAUGCAAGAUAUCUUUCAUAGCUCUCUAACUCUUCCAAAUAUGCCAUCAUUGUCUUCUUCUCAUCCUCUUACGCACAACCCUCUUUUCCUCAUCAAAUGACUCUUGAUGCCUCUGUGGUCGAGCUUCAAGCUUCUUCCACAAAGAAGAAAACUGCGGUUUCCAGAAGCUGGAUUCUGCUGAACCAUGAUGGCAAAGGCACUGUGCUGGAUGCGGAUAAGUAUGCUAUCAUGCGCCUCGUUAAAAUUCACACAAGAGAUCUUAGGAUUCUCGACCCUCUCCUUUCUUAUCCUUCCACCAUUUUGGGCAGAGACAAAGUCAUUGUUCUCAAUUUAGAGCACAUUAAGGCUAUCAUCACUGCAGAUGAGGUGUUGCUGAGAGACCCAACGGAUGAUGACGUGGUGCCAAUUGUUGAGGAACUUAAGCGACGGCUACCCAAAGUAAGUGGAGAAGAAGAGGCGUGUGCUCAAGAUGGUGAAGCUGGAGAAGAAAAUGAAUUUCCGUUUGAGAUACGGGCCUUGGAAGUUUUGUUAGAGGCAAUUUGUAGUUUCCUUGACGCAAGAACAAGAGAGUUAGAGACUGCUGCUUAUCCUGCUUUGGACGAACUCACCUCGAAGAUCAGCAGUCGUAAUUUGGAUAGAGUGCGAAAAUUGAAAUGUGCAAUGACGAGGUUGACAAAUCGAGUUCAAAAGAUUAGAGAUGAACUAGAAAACCUACUUGAUGAUGACGACGACAUGGCCGAUCUUUACUUAUCAAGAAAGUUGUCUGUUUCACCCUCUCCCUCAAGUAGCUCUGAUGCUCCGUACUGGCUUUAUGGCUCUCCAAAUACAGGUUCUAAAUUACACAGAUCAAGCAGAGCAAGUGUAACAACAGUUCAAAGGGAGAAUGAUAUUGAAGAGCUUGAAAUGUUACUCGAGGCCAACUUCAUGCAAAUUGACGGCACAUUAAAUAAAUUGGCCACAUUGCGAGAGUAUAUCGAUGACACAGAAGAUUACAUAAACAUACAGCUUGACAAUCACCGAAAUCAACUGAUUCAGCUAGAGCUCUUCAUUAGUGCCGGGACUGUUUGUAUGUCCUUAUAUUCAUUGGUGGCUGCAAUAUUUGGCAUGAACAUACCCUAUGCAUGGAAAACAGGCCAUGAACACAUGUUUAAAUGGGUGGUGAUCUUCGGUGGAAUGGUUUGUGGAUCCUUGUUUAUAUCCAUAGUAUCUUAUGCACGACGCAAAGGCCUUGUUGGGUCUUGAAAAGCAUAAAGAAGCAUGUCGUGAGACAUCGGAUUAAGUCAAAAAUAUACAGCAAGUGAGCAAUUCCAAACAAUAAUUUAUUUGUUGUAUAUGUUAUGCGCACAAUAGCAUUGUUUAUCUUGUGAUUAAUUAGCUACCCUACGCAAUUCGAAUAAAGUGGCUGUUGGAAAAUCACAUGCAAUGAAUAAAUAUUUUUUUAAUAGUCA